UGCACAGAAAAACCUUCAAGAACUUUGUUCGGCUCGCCGGAAAAAUCUUCGCCGACGAAUUCUCCGGCGAAUUCCCGAAUGUGUGCUACUUUGCGCCUUAUGCGCAUCAAUUUCAAGGUAGGUCAUUUCCCCCUGUUUCCGACAUCAUUGUACACUUCACAAUUGUUAGUUUUACACUCCCUCACUCCACCCCACAAAACCAUAAACCCUAAAGUUUCCAGCUUUUCUACUGAUAGCUCAUAUUGCAGUUCAAAAUCAUUAGUGUCUGUAAAAGGAUUUGAUUUUCUUGAGCAGUUUACCCCUUUUAAAAUUUUUGCAAAUUCUUGUACUUACACUGUCAUUACCUCAAAUGAGAGGCGUAAAAUUAUUGUGGGGUUGUCAAGAAUGAUAAAAGAUGAAAAAGUUUGGCUGUUGGAAGCAUUUUCAAGAGAUUUUUGCCCAUCAUAUUUGGUAAAAAUUAUGAAGUUGUUUGAUGAUAGAGAAGUUGCAUUUGCAUUUUUUAAGUAUGUUCUUCAAGAUUAUUCUGAGAAUACUCUGAAGUCAUGUUGUAUUAGUGCGCAUUUUUUGGCUGCUGGGGAGUUGAGGCUAUUGGCACAGGAUAUGCUUUCUUGGAUCAUUAGGAAGGUUGGAAAAUGUAGGAGUGAUGAGGUGGUGGGGUUCAUGUGGAGGGAGCAUUAUAAGUAUGAGAGUGACUUUUCUGUUCUUGAUUCAUUAAUGCGGGCAUUUUUAACCGCAGAAAUGGUUUCGGGUGCAUUACAGAUUUGGAGUAAGAUGAGAGACAAUGGAUUGAGGCCGAGUUCAUCUGCUGUCUGCAUCCUAUUUAAGUUGCUGCUUAGGAUUGGUGAUUAUGGUAGUGUCUGGAAGUUAUUUCGGGACAUGCUGCAAAAAGGGCCUCGUCCUACUGACACUCUCUUUAAUGUAAUGAUUCUUGGAUAUUGUAGAAAAGGUAGGCUUCAGACAGGAGAAAGUUUGUUUCAUCUGAUGCGGAAGUUUGGAUGUGAGCCAGAUGUUUUUACAUAUAAUAUUUUGAUCAAUGCAUACUGUAUUAGGGGAUGGACUUCAGAUGCAUUGAAAUGGGUGCAUAUGAUGGUCGAACAUGGAUGUCAUCCUACUAUCUCUACCUUUAGUACGGUUAUCAAUGCUCUAUGCAAGGAAGGGAAUGUGGUGGAAGCCAGAAAAUUGUUUGAUGGAAUGCAAGAGGUGGGUGUCUUUCCUAGCACUGUCACGUAUAACGCUCUGAUGGAUGGCUAUGUCAAAGCACGGGAAAUUUUUCAAGCAAGUAUGCUAUAUGAAGAAAUGAAAAGGAAGGGUGUAGCUCCAGAUGCUAUAACUUUUAACAUUUUGGUGGCAGGUCACUAUAAGUAUGGUAGGGAAGAGGAUGGCGACCGGUUAUUAUGGGAUCUAACGGUGGCAGGACUUUCUCCAGAUUAUUUAUCCUCUGAUGUAUCUAUUGCAGGAUUGUGUUGGGUAGGAAGGUUGAAUGAGGCUGUGGCAUUGUUGAAUAAUCUGCUUGAAAAGGGGAUACCUGUUAGUGUAAUAGCUUUUAAUUCCAUUAUUGCUGCAUACAGCAAAGAAGGGUUAGAAGAAAAGGCAUUUGAAGUCUAUAAUAUUAUGGUUCAAUUUGGUCAGUCUCCUUCAGCUUCGACAUGUGCUUCUCUGCUCCUCGGCUUGUCAGUGACAGGGAGGCUGCAAGAAGCAAGAGAUUUAAUGGCUAAGAUGAUUACAAUGUCCUUCCCUAUUAACAUAACUGCUUGCACUGUGCUUCUGGAUGGUUAUUUUAAGAAAGGGGAUGUAAUGGGAGCGAGAACAUUGUGGGAAGAGAUGGAAAAGAUGGGAAUCGCUCCUGAUGCUGUUGCUUUUUCUGCAUUGAUAGAUGGGCUUGUCAAAGCUGGCUCUGUUGGAGACGCUUAUGAUGCCUUUCUUCAGAUGAUUAGGAAAGGGCUUGUACCAAAUAAUUUUGUUUAUAAUUCGCUAAUUACUGGUUUCUGUUAUAGCGGAAAUAUGAAUGAGGCUCAGAAAUUAGAAAGGGACAUGAGGGAAAGGGGUCUUCUCCCAGAUGUCUUUACAAUUAAUACCAUCAUUAAUGGUUUCUGCAAACAGGGAAGGAUGAAACUUGCUAUUGACUGUUUCGUGGAAAUGCAUCGAAGUGGUUUACAGCCUGAUAUUGCUACGUAUAACACCUUGAUCAAUGGAUUCUGUAAGGCAUUUGAUGUGGUUAAUGCAGAUAACUUUAUGACAAGAAUGUAUGCCAGUGGAUGGGAACCUGACAUCACAACCUACAAUAUAAGGAUUCAUAGUUUCUGUAGUACUAGGAGGAUAAAUCGAGCUGUUAUGAUUCUGGAUGAGCUUGUAUCUGCUGGUGUGGUGCCAAAUACUGUUACAUACAACAUUAUGAUGAAUAGUGCUUGCAAUGACAUAUUGGACCGUGCAAUGAUUUUGGCUGCAAAGUUGCUUAAGAUGGCAUUCAUCCCAAACACUGUUACAGCUAAUUUACUACUUUCUCAUCUAUGGAAGCAGGGACUACCUCAGCGUGCGUUGGUUUGGGGGAAGAAGUUGAGCGAAAUUGGAUUUGAGUUUGACGAAAUAACACAUAAAAUAUUGGACAAAUCUUCUCUUUGUAUACAAGAAAACACAGAUUAUUGUACAGAAACAACAGAAAAGAGUCUUUUUUUAGACUUCCUCAUGUACAUUACCUACGACUACAUACGUAGAAGUAGGGCUUAUAGUGAUAAUAAUGACAGCUCUUUCAAACUAGUUGAGGAUGGACCUUGUGGGUCCUUCAAGUUAGUCAACAAGGCUACUGUUUAGCAAUCUGAUGAAAGAGCAAGAAACUGAAUGACUACCAACCCGGAAAUUCUUGUGGAAAUGAAAACAGAAAAACCUACUG